CAGAAAGGUUAGGCUCUAUGUACCCUAGAUCUCUUAAGCAGUCCUACGCAAACUUCUCAAGGAGUAGACUGCACGCCAUGUAGCGUCUUGUUGACAAUGACGGGGGAAUCGCAUGCUGCCAAGGGGCAGCAAGGCGGAAACCAGGGCCAGCCUGCUCCUUUUUUACGCAAAACAUACGAGCUUGUUGACGAUCCAUCAACAAAUAAUGUAAUCUCAUGGGGACCGCAUGGAAAAAGUUUUAUCGUCUGGAAGCCUAGCGAGUUCGCCGCGAAUCUCCUACCACUCUACUUCAAGCACAACAAUUUUUCUUCGUUUGUGCGGCAGUUGAAUACGUAUGGCUUUCGCAAGGUGGAUCCCGACCGCUGGGAGUUUGCGAACGAGCACUUCCAGCAGCACAACAAAGACCUACUCCUCACCAUCCAUCGUCGCAAGCCCGCAUCCAACAAUGCCGCUUCCGCAGCAGCCGCUAAUGGCAGCAACAGCGCUGUGGCUGGCACCUCCCAGCAGAUCCAACAACCGCAAGCGCCCCCACCCUCCCAACCAUACCAACCGCCAUCGUCCCUCGAAGCUGCAGCCCUGGCCAUGCCUCCCGGGCCCCCUGCCGUCGCAGCAUCGUUGCCGAUACCCAUCCCCGCUCCAAUCCAAGCAGUUGGGCCCGGGCCUCUGUCAGGGGCUGGAGGGCCCGCUCCGCAGGGGCCGCCAUUUUCCCUUUCCCCGCCCUUCCCGCUAGACCUCGGCAUUGCAGCCACGCUUCCCCUGUUCACUGCACCCUCCGCAGCCGGCCCCCCUGGGGUCGGAUCCUUUCCGCCGCCGCCUCUGCAGCUCCCGCCGCAAGUGGGCCCUAUGUUGGCCGCCGCAGGCGGGCCCAAUAUGGCUCAACCCAUGGCGCCCUCGCCGGGAAGUGCCUUCUCCCGACCGCUACCGCCAGGCCUGGUGAUGAAGGCCGAGAUUCCACCGCACCUGGCGACGACGGCGCCGCUGGGCCCAAUAGUUGCACCUGGAGCAGCGGCCGCUGCAGCGGCGGCGGCCGCCAGACCUCCAGGCGGCGCCGCCGCUGCCUCCGGUGUCGCAGGCGGGUCCUCCUCCUCCUCGGCAGUUAACCGUCUGGAGCAGCUCGUGGAGGACUACCUGAAGCCUGGGCAGCAGAUGCUGGCAGCGCUGACGCAGCAACCGCCACCUCCGCCGGGUGCGGCGCGGGAGGCGGCGUCAGCCGACGCCACUCGCGGUAACGGCGCCGGCAGUAGCAGCAUGAACGGAAGCGGCGGCAGCGGCGACGUCGCUGGGGGCGGUGGUAACGGCAUGCAACAGCAACAGCAACAACCACCACAACCGCGCAGCAGCAACAGUCAGAGCUCCAACAGCGCUCCCUCGGCAUCCUCGUCAGACCCGCGAUGCAACGACCCCAUGGCCGCGGAUGCUGAUUUCGGCGGCGCGGCAGCCGCCCCUCCCACCAGCAGUGGCGGAGGCGCCAAGGCCCUGAAACGCAGCCGCGUGGACAUGUACGGUCACGGAUCCGAAACCGCCGUCACCGCUGCUGCUGCUGCUGCCCCUGCUCCUGUUCCUAUUGCCGGGACAGCACCCGCGGCAGCUGCCACCCCUGCGGCUCCUCCUCCUCCUCCUCCUCCUCCGGGAGCAACAGCGAGCUAUGGCUGUAGCCCCCCGCCCGCCACCACCAACCUCACCAGCUACGAUGCUCAUGGCAACCCGCUGCCUGCCGGCAUCACCCGACCGCUACCGCAGCACCUGGGCGGAACCACUGCGGCGCUGCUGAGUGAGAUGGCGGGGCAGCUGGGUCGCCUCAGCGCACUGGCGAGGGAGGUGGAGGGGUUGAAGGAGGAGAACACGGCGCUUAAGAGGUCCAUGCAGGCCCUCACGCAGGCAUACGGCGGUGCACGGAUGCAAGGAGGAGGAGGGGGAGGGGGAGCGGGUGGUGGUGGCGGCAGCAUGGAGGGUGGUGGCAUGAUGGGUUCGGCUAUGACGGAGCGGGCGGCUAGUGGGGGUAUUGCGACGAGCGAGGGUGCGGUGGCUGCCGCCGCCGCCGCUGGCGGCGGCGGCGGAGUGGGUAGCAGCAGCGGAGGUAGUGGAGGUACGGCGGUGCAACAGGAGGGCGUCAGCGGCGGCGGCGCCGCGGCAACAGCAGCAGCAGCGAGUGGCGGAGGCGCCACCGGUGGUGGUAGUGGUAGUGGUGGUGGUGGUGUCGUACUUGCAGCGGGCGGGGGUGGCUCCAUGUUGCCGCUGACGCAGGCGGUGGAGGCGCAGCAGAAGCGGCUGUGGGACCAGAAGCUGCGUCAUGACGACCUGGAGAAGCAGCUCCUAGCCCAGCGCCAGGUGGCUGCCCAGCAGGCCGCCAAGACCGCAGCGCUGGAGGCCGCACUGGCCGCCAACACGGCCAAGGCGGUGCACGACACGGCGCUGCUGGGGCGGGUGCUGGAGCAGCGGGUCAGCGCGCAGAGCGAGGUGGUGGCGGGCAGGCUGGCGGCGCAGGAGCGAGCAAACAAGGCCACUCAGGACAUCAACACGCGGCUGGAGGCGCGGGUGGCGGAGCUGGAGGCGCAGCUGAAAGCGCUGGGCCAGGACACUAGUCCGGGCACAGCAGCCGCGGGGUCAAGCCAGUUGCCUGCUGCUGGGUUGGUUACCGGUAAUCCCAACCACCUCAGCAGCCAUCCCAGCAACCACCACAACCACCAACCACCCCUGGCAUGGACCGGCGCAGCGGCAUUGGGCUCGGGAGCUCUGCAAGGGAGGCACCAGGCGGCGACGACUGCUAUGGCGGCGACGACGACGGCGACGGCGACUACGACGUUGGAACCCCAACUCCAGGCGCCCACGACCCAUGGGUCACUUCCGGCAGCGGCGACGGCGACGGCGCCAGCCACCGGCCUGGCGUGUUCACCACCUGGCGGUACGACCGGCGCUGCUGCUGCCAUGCCGUACCUCCAGCAACAACACCGUCGCCCUUCUGCGGCGGCAGGCGGCGGUGGUAGCGGCAGCGGUGGCGGUGGCUCGCUGAUUCCCGCAACGCUUUCUCCAGAGGCGGACCUCUACGCGAAGUCUAUAGAGGACCGGCUGUGGGGCACCGUGGAGCAAAUCGUAAGCAGCGCGCACGACCCUGCGGAUGGUGCAAGGCUUGUACUCCAAGUCGCAAAGGCCAGACACCACGCCUAUGCUGCGGCUGCAGCCGCCGCCAGCUCCAGCGGCGCCGAAACCGGCAGCAGCGGAGGCAACAUCAACCCCAAUGCUGCUGGCGGCGUCGACCAGAAGAGCAACGGCGGAAGCGGCGCGAGCGACAGCAACACUCCCGGCGUCAGCGGCACCAAUGCUUCCUCUGGCGGCGGCGGUGGCGACGGCGCAGCAUGCGCAGCGCCGACAGCGCUUGGCACUUCGGGUGCAGCUGAGGGCAGCGGAUCCUGCCCGCCACCUCCGCUAGCGGCGGCUACCCCGCGUGCUGCAACGCUUCCCGAUGUGGCCGGUGUUGCUGUGGAGGAGCUGACCAGCGUUUCGGUGGAUGUGGCAUCUGUCGGCUUGCAAGCACGUGGCCCUCAGCAGCAAACACACCACCACCACGACACGCGCGGGGGUCUGCAUGCGCAGCGCAACAGCAGCAGCAACCGCCAGUCCUGCCAUGCGGCACCGGGGCACCUCCCACCAGCCGCGGCAGCAGGAGCAGCGGUCGUGCCGGCAGAGGGCACCGCAUGCAUUGCAGACAGCUGCGCCCGGGGCCAUUAUCCGCACGAGGCGCCGCAUGUUGCCAAGGAAACGGCGAUGGGGACGGAGACGCAGGACUGCUUGGAGCGCUGCGAGGAGGGUUUUGCGACGGCGGCAGCAGCAACGGCCAACGCCACCGACCUUAUGGAUACGGAUGGAUGAUGGGCAUAGCUGCCACUGGCUGCAAUAACUGCGGCUUGCGGUGCACAUAACCUGAAAGCCCUGCAGGGUUACGUGUAGCUAACCGCACGCAUGCAGGAAGGCGACGGUGCUUCCGAAUGAGGCAUGCGUGUGUGAAAGCUCCAGCUUCUCUUCUUUUCUGGCUGGGAAAGCUUGCCCGCUGUGAAAGCAUGCUGAAGGAGGCACAUGGGGCCGCUGAGAGGCAGUGAGAAGCACUAGAACCGCUGUUAAAAGGCAAAGUGUGCCGGUUAAUAACGUUCACGUUGCUGUGGGGUUGCAGAUCGUUUCGUAGGUUGCGGCUAGUUUGGCCGUUGGGUGUUUGGGUUGUGUGGUGUUUGGUGUACGGGGUUGGUUAGGGUUUUUCCUGGUUGUGUUGAGGCCUAAUCAAUUGUUCGGACGGUUUGCGUUCGGUAGUGUGAACCCAUGUGUUUUGUCGCGUGUGCCCUGCUUAUGUGUGCGGGAUUAGGUGUGUUUUUGGAAGGUAAGUUUUGUGUUACGCUGUGUCUGGGCUAUGCUUCCUUGUUGGCCGUUUCUUCCAACUGUCCACCGUUAACACGACGUAUGGGCUGGUCUGGUGUUCGGGUUCGCGUGCCAUCAUGGAAGUUGUUGUGGCAGUUUAUUUUUGCGCAGCAGAUGAUGGGUUAAGUCCAUGUCCGAGUAGCUUGAAUGCAUGGCUGGCAGCAGUGUGCCAUGUCAUGUGGUGUGAAUGGGGCACUCUGACCUUGCGGGUUACGUAUUUUGUGAAGGGAGCCCACGUCCUUUCGGUAAUCGAUGGGAGAGCCGCAGCCAGGUGGAUAGAGAGAGAAACACCAAAAGGAGUCUAAUCCUUUUUCCUUUUCCUCUUCAGUGUGUGUUUAGGUUUGAAAAGGUCCAUUUCAUGAUUUUAUUUUGCAGGGAACGGGUGCAUGCCGAACGGUUACCUAAAGGGAGGUCAUCAGCUGAGCAUCGUGGCGGAAGGGUGGAUAGGGUAUUAACUGAGCAGGGUGUUUCGCAACUUGGUUGCGACUUGUGCCCCGUGUUGUUGUCUCCCUACCUACCACUCAGCAUCUCAGCUGCCGUUUCCACUUUUGCACCGUUCAUCUUUACGGCGUGUUUCGUAUACACAGAGAGGGGAUCUGUAGUGUGUUGUGUGUCCGGGCGUGCGCUCGUGUUGAGUAUAUGCCGCCGCCAGUCCAACCGCGCAUGGGGUUCCUUAUCACCCUUGGCACCGGGGAGGCAAUCCUCGAAACCCCGGCAUGCAUGUGUGCAUCAGGUUCAGGAGCCUACUGAUAGUUUUGGGGAACAUGGGCGCGAACAUGUAACGUGCAGGCUUGUAACUAAAUCCAUG